AGGGACCCCCAUUUUCUCCCCCAUAAUGAUCCUGCUAAUAAACAGCCAUCGAGGAUGACGAAACGGUGAAGAUGUGCACCUGCGGAGGGAAUGGGAGAAAAAUGAGGAUUCACUUAGAUUUAUGACCAAUUUUGUUCUCGACUUUCUUUUUUUAAAACAAUAAAGAGGUCAUGAUUUUUGUUCUGUGGACGCUGCUGAUCCACGGUAGUGGAUGGCGGGAGGUCGCGCCGAGCCCUACCGACGAGGGAACACUGCGGGCCGGCCAUGGAGAUCACGGAGAGCCGGGCCACCAGGAGCACCAUAAAGACUCUUACAGCACCUUCGCCUCUGAGUUCUUAGAGUCCAGAUAUCUGUCUGAUGAUGGUUAUCCGUUUCCCACCGCCCCACCAGUGGACCCGUUUGCCAAAAUCAAAGUGAGCGACUGCGGAGUAACCAAAGGAUGCAUCAGGUAUGGAAAACCUGGCUGCGACGCUGAGACAUGUGACUACUUCCUGAGUUACCGUCGCAUCGGGACAGAUGUGGAAUAUGAGAUGAGUGCAGAUACUGACGGCUGGGUGGCUGUAGGUUUCUCCUCUGACAAGAAAAUGGGCGGCGACGACGUCAUGGGCUGCGUCCAUGAUGAUAAUGGACGCGUACGCAUCCAUCACUUCUACAACGUAGGCCAGUGGGCAAAGGAGAUCAAGAGGAACCCUGCCAGAGACGAGGAGGGCAUCUUUGAGAACAACCGCGUCACCUGUCGCUUUAAGCGUCCUCUGUACGUCCCCCGAGAGGAAACGCUUGUGGACCUCCACCUGUCGUGGUACUAUCUGUUUGCAUGGGGGCCUGCCAUACAAGGCUCCAUCACUCGACACGACAUCGACAGUCCUCCAGUGAGCGACCGCAUGAUCAGUAUUUACAAAUACGAGGACAUCUUCAUGCCUUCCACUGCCUACCAGACCUUCAACUCUCCCCUCUGCUUACUGCUCAUAGUAGCCCUCACCUUCUACUUGCUGAUGGGAACACCGUGAAAACGGAGGCAGACAAAACACCAGGAGGAGGAGAAGAUGUAGCAGCAAUAAAAACUAGUUGCCAUUUUGUUUUUGUCGAGAGACACUGUAUUAGAUACUUGAAACUAAAUAUAUCGACACUAGAGUAUAUUUAUGGGUGCCAUAUGCUAACUUCACGUUAAAAAGGCCAGUUAUUUUGAGGCUUUAUUCAAAAAGCGAGGACGAGUAAAUAGAAUCGCUGCAUGGGCUCGGAAAUCCCCACUGAGAAGCAAAAAAGAGCAGAUGGCCAAUGCUCACUGGCUCGUGAUGAACUUGACUGAGGACAAAAAUGAACCAGUAACAGCCUGUAUCCUUUUUUAUGACUUCAUCACCCAUUGUCUCUGAUUUGCCAUAUUUGUAUGGAAUAUCAAUGUACAUUUACUUUGCGAUAACCCUCAAUUAUUCCACUUGUGUAUGGCACAACUAAUUUAUAUGCACAUCAUGCUUAUUUUUUACAUUUUUAUUUCUACACAUUGCCAGAUGUUGGGUUUGUUAGACAGUAUGUUGACUGUGUUUUACAAUGAGAGAGACUGCUAGCUGAGAUACUAACUGCAAUAACUCACAUUAAAACAGUAUACAUGAUGCCUAUAUAAUACCAUUAGAAUAUUACAAUAAAAAUGUCUAGAUAGUC